CUUCCCGGGCCUGGAGGCCUCGCUACGGCUCUCCCCUUUUCCCGGUGACAACCCAGCGGCUUGCAGCUCCUCCGUUUCCCUCGCGCCAGCCUGGAGGUCUUUCUUCGGGCUCCCGUCAGGGGGCAGCCUCUCACUUUCACGCGUCCAGUUAGUUCGCAAAGCUAACGAGCCGGUCUAGGCAAGAACUGGAAACGGGGCAGGCCGACCGGCGUGGCCGUGUGUGCACAUGGAGAGCUUAGUGAUGCCGGCUGCCCCCGGGGCAGAGGAAAAAAGCAGCACCCAGGAGGCCCUCGGGGUCGACAGCCUGAAGCGGAAGAUGUCGCUGCGGAGAUGCGAGAGUUGUAACACAGAAGCGGCAAAAUAUCGGUGUCCUCGGUGUAUGAAAUAUUCAUGCAGCUUGGCUUGCGUGAAACAACAUAAAGCUGCCUUCAGUUGUAACGGCGUCAGAGAAAAGACAGCAUUUGUUUCCAUAAAUGAGUUCAGCGACUUAAAUCUUCUAAGCGAUUAUCGUUUUUUGGAAGAUGUGGGAAGAAUGGCUGACUGUGCUGCUCGAGAUGUUAUUUCACAUAAACGAAAAAGCAAUAAAUUUCUGAACUUUUUGAAAAACAGAGCUCGGAGGCAUAGCAUCCACCUGCAGACUUUACCAAUCGGAUUCACAAAGAGGCAAGAGAAUUCCACCUACUUUAACAAAAAGAAACAAAAGUUCUACUGGCACUUGAAACUCAUAUUUCCUCACAGUCAUGCUAAAUUCACAGAAAAAAGGGUGCCAGAUGAUAAACCAUUGUGUGACAUUCUUAAGUCGUAUGUUGAUCCUCAAGAGUCUGAUCCUGUUAUCCGUCAAAGAUUAAAAAUCUACACAAUGUCCCCUCAAUCAGAUAUUCAAAUUCUUAUGAAAAUGGAAAACGGGCCACACAAUUCCAUCAGGUACGAAGAACUGGAUACCAGCAAAGGCCUUCUAUACAACUUGAAGGGGAAGGUUGUCAUUGAAUACCCAGUUUUGGAAGUGGUUUUGCAAAAAUUCAAGACAGAUAUGGCAAUUCUUAGCCACACUAAGAAUAAAGGUGACAACAAAUCUGGAAAAGACCUGAUUAGCGAAAGCUCAUCUGAGGAAGAGGGGGAAAUCCGAGAUAGUUCCUGAAGAAGCUACAUCAUGGGUGGGGUCAGAGGUGCCUGUUUAUCCCCAGCUGUUUGAAAAUGCAGUGAAUUUUUCAACUUACCAGGACUGAUCAUCUCAAUUAGUAGGAACACCUGUGCUGGCUUCCACCCACUCUAAUCAGCCCAGCCAGACAGCCCACAUGGUCUGAGCCAUGGUCUGGUGAAUUUUGAACAUCCAUUUGUUAUAACAUCCCAAAACUAUAGCCAUUGAAAAACAUUGCAGUCCGUUAAUUUAAUUGGAUUUAUUUAAAGAGCUAACUUAGUUUCCUUUUUAAAAAAAUAUUGACAAAAUAUGAAGACUGUACAUGGACUUAUUUGCCAAUUUGUGGAUACUUAUUAAUUUCCCCUCCUCUUGACUUAACUGGUAACACAAUGUGUUUUACAGUAACUUUUUAGCGUUUGGUUAAGACUUUGUUUUGAAUACAUACACCUCUUGUUGAAAAGAUUGCUGUUAGAAGGGCAGGGAAUCAUAGUAACUUGGAAAACAGCUGCCAGUUAGGACAGACAAACUAGAUUGUCUUACUUUGUGUAAGGCAGUCUCAUAUAUGCAUAAAUUAAUAAAUAUUAAAGGAAAAGUAAAUUCUAAGAAGUGAUUGGUGCUGAACGGUGUUUUUAUUGAAUGUGAAGGACAGCAAAAGUAAUAUUAUUAUUCUAUUAUAAAUUAAGGAUAAACUAGUAUUUUACCUCCUGGUAAGCCAAGUAAAUACUGCAUCAAUUGUAUUAUGGUGCAGCAGAGAUCUAUGCAGGCCAACAGGAAUGUAAGGAUCUAAGAAAUUUUGCCUUACAAUGUGUUUAAUAGAACAUUUGUCAGGCACGAUACUUCUGUUCAGGGCAAAAUGGGCAGAACUUUCCCUCAUGUAUUUGAUAAAGUGGAGUCUGCCAGUGCAAAACAAAGAAGAACAACAACAAAAAACCCUCCAUAGUGGCUUUGCCAAGGCAAUCAGCACUUCAGAGCAUUUAACUCAAUGGCAAUCAGCACUUCAGAUUAUGUCAGCCUGUCAGGACUCUCCUUGCCCAAGUGUGCAUACUAACAUCCAGUAAGGUUGCUUCGCAUGAGAACUAAAGCAUCCUAUAUGCUGCCUGAAGGAUACUGAAUGCUCAGUACUCUUGUGCUAACGCAUUUCUGGGACUUUCAAGCUAAUUUGUUUACUACUGAAUAUCAUUUAUAAACAAAUUAUAGUCAAGUAUAGCCAGGUAUAGUAUUAAUUAUAGUCUGCUAUAUGCAGUCUGCUCCUCCUAAGUCUAUUUGGGAGGGGGAGAUUGCAGAAUUAUACCACUUGUAUGAAUUUGUACUCUGUUUAUGGCUUAGGCUUGUUAGGGUCCCAAGUGAAGGGUCUCUGCUCUUCCUAUUGAUGCUACAGUACCUAGCUACUUAAUAUUUGCCCUAGACGGGUUAUGAUGGUCUGGUGUCAAGCAGAGAUAAAUGCUUAGCAAAUUUUAAAUUAGAUGGUAAUAUUACAAAGAAUGCUGUGACAAAAGAGCUCUCACACCAAUAAACCAGGCAGAUAGUGAUCACUUUUUCUUGCCACAGCGGUUGGAGCCAUGUUUGAAGUGUACAGCAUGGAUGUAACCAAAGCAACAUUAUUUAAAGUUUACCAUAAAGCAUAUCCAUCAUCUUUAAGAGUUAGUGUAGAAACUGGGAAAACUUAAAGUAUUGUACAGUUGCAAAAGCCUAAAAAUGCAAUUGAAAAGGCCUGGAAAUCUAUAGAUUCAAAAUAGACCUUGCAAAUCUGCUGCAGUUCUAAAGUAAGUUAAAUAAGGUAUGAGAUAUUAGCUAAAUAGUGUGUGUUCUGAAGCCAUAGGCAAUAGUCAACCAUAAUAUUGCCCUGCCUCUCCAUAGCUAGUCACCUGCAGCCCAGUUAUGAGCCAUACAAUCCACGAGUCUGGACAGAGUGCAUUAUUUUGUUGUAUAAGCCCUAGACAUCAGUGUGCUGUAACACACCUGCCAAAUGAGCCAGCUGACGGAAAAUGAACUUCAGCUAAAAAAUUUAAAAAAUUAGGUAGUUGACAGAUUUUGGAUGAAUAUCUUUAAAAGCCUGACAACUUGUUCAACUGCACUGCGCAAUGGUCUCCUUGGGGAACUGGUGAGCAUCUCAUUUACUGAGUCAUUUAAAGCUGGAUUGGACAAAGCACUGGAAAAAGUGCUGUGGUAAUAGCAACCUCAGCCCUUGUGUUGGUACAUUUGCAGCUUCAAAGUACUGAAUAAACAUUAGCUCAUUGUUCUUGCAUGAAAGAGUAAGUAUUAUUUAUUAUGAUCACUUUAUUGUCUUCGUUUUACAUAAGAGGGGAGGUGGGAUUAUGUAAUUGCUCCAGGGCACACAGAAAAUUGGUGGAAUACCAAAGUAACAGCCAAACAAUUCAUGUGGUCCUGUGGUCUGUUUACUGGAUUAGCUAUCUGUUGAAGGGGCCCUAAAGAGUGGGAUGUGUGAAGCUGCUUUUUACUGAGUGAGACCAAUGCUUGUCUAGCCAAAUAUACUGUCUGCACUCACUGUAAGUGGUUCUCCAGAACUCCAAGUAGAGGCCUUUCUCAAUAGGGGUACCAUUAAAGAGGACAACAUAGUUGGGUGGAACCUUACUUUAUUUUUACCCUUCAUCAUAGUAAAAUAUCUCCCUACUCCCUAUUGAAUCCUGAAAUGAUGGCCUUGCUUCUCAGACCCACUACUUCCUGAAGGGGAGAAUACACUGAGACUUCUUUUCAUCAUUAUUUUAUUUUAUUGACUCCUGUUCACAAAAAGCAAAAGAAGAACUCAUUGCGUUCUAUAAAUAAUUGAAAAAUGGAAAUCACAUAACUGGUAGACACCUUUAUAUAGCAUUUGUCCUCAAAAGGGGCAAAGUCCACUUAGGAAUAAAGAAUAUAGACCAAUGUGUAUUGGCACUAGGGGGUGAGGCUACGUUUAAUCCACUGUGUAUGUGCUGUAAGUGACCAGAGCCAAGGGGACAGGCAGGAACUGAGGAACUGCUAGAGCUUGAUCAGUCAUUGAAUAAAAAUGUCUUGCUAUGCAUCCGGCCAUUAAACAAAUCCCAAAUUAAAGAACUACCUUUUCUGCCAAAUGAGUCAUUGGGUGGUAACAGCUCAAGGACCUAAAACAAAAUUGGUUGCUAACAGCCUGCCAAACAGUUGCUUGUUGUCCACCUUCUUGAAAGGUAGUCUUGUGGUUGCAAGCAUGACUUGUCGCCUUAACUAAGCAGGGUCUGCCCUGGUUGCACAUGAGUGGGAGACUAGAAGUGUGAGCACUGUAAGAGAUUCCCCUCGGGAUGGAGCCACUCUGGGAAGAGCAUCUAGGUUUCAAGUUGCCUCCCUGGCAUCUCCAAGAUCGGGCUGAGAGAGAUUCUUGCCUGCAACCUUGGAGAAGCCUCUGCCAAUCUGUGUAGACAAUACUGAGUGAGAUGGACCUAUGGUCUGACUCAGUAUAUGGCAGCUUCCUAUGUUCCUAUGAAAGAAGACAAACAAUUCAGCACUUCUAUCCCUAGACCAUACUGUGCCCUUCCAAAAGCGGUUGGCACUACUUGUAAGCUGUGACAGCAGCAGCAUGGAAUGGAAUGUGGUAAGUGGAGGACUACUCUCAAAGCCUCUCCUGCAGUGAAUCACCAGUGCUAGAGAUGGAGUUCCCACAUACGUUUUCAAUAAAACAUUGUGAGUUGCCACUUCUAACACUGAUAGCAUCAUAUGAAAACUGAAUGUAGUUCUGUAUGGUACAAAAUAAUUUUAAUACAAAAACAAUGUUUUGUCCCCAUCAUGUCCUAGAUAUUUUGCUAACAUAGUCAACAACAGUUGGAUUUUCCAAAGUAGUGAAGCCUGGAUAAAUAGACAUAGUAAAACCCAUACAGGUGUUUUAGAAGGCAAGAUUCACUUGGGUCCUCUUUAGUGCUCCAGGUGAUUUUUUAGGAAUGCUUCAGUUGUUACCUUUCCUUAAUUUUGCCUCCCAAGUCAGGUCUGCCGGUUCUGAUAGCUGGCCCUGCUUCUAGCUAUCUUUAACUUUAUUUUGUUGCAUCUGAAGACAAGAGUUAUGGAAGUUAACAUUUAAAAUAGGUCUCAACUUUAGUUCUGAAACUACUAUUAAGCUUGGUAAAUCUCACUAGAUCCUUGACAUGAUCCCAGUAUAUUCACGCAACUGCGAUACGCGCCUGCGCAGGAUACCAUUCAGGAAAAUUCUACAAGCUGCAUGCAGAGCUCCUGACUCCGCCCACAGCAUGCAUGCGUCCGUCAACAUAGGUGGUCAGAGCACCACUCUCAGUUCCUUUCCAACCGCCAACCAGUACGGACACCUCGGAAGGUUCUUCUGCUUCAGCUGGGGUUCGCUGCCUCAGCCUUCCUGAUUCGUGAGAGAACAUUCUCUGUAUUUUCUUAGUCUAAUAUCUUCUUGUGUUGCUGGCCUGUUUUUGAUAACAGACAGAAAGAAAAAUAACUUCAAGAGGUGUGGAAAAUGUAACACCGCUUUCCCCUCUUCGAACUGUCACUCCUUAUGUCUCCUCUGCCUCAGCAAGGCAAACACUUGUAAAAUCCUACUUUUGAGAUUGAAAGACGCUGUCUACAAUUUGGCACUAAAACCUUCAGCAUCAAUGUCUACCCCUUUGGCUAUCCCAAUUGGACCCUCAAUGUCAAAAGCCACUACACAGUCUAUGAAAUCUUCUAAGGGCUCCAAUGUGAAGACGGCAACACCAAGUUGAGUGACACCGAGCCCCCAACCUUUGACCCCAAAGUAGAUGCCGAAGGAUAAGGCUACCGCUCCAAAGCCGUCUUCCCCGCCUUCGAAAGGGGCCAAGCUGGGAAAGGCUACAUCGGACACAAAGCGUCACUCUGCCUCCUCAACUGCUUCAUCUGCUCCCAAAAAUUUGAAGUUAGACUCAAUGUCCAGACCCCCGAUGCUGGAGAUUUCUGCGACAUUGAAACCGUCCACGUCGGAGAGGCAUCUGAAACGGAAAGCUCCAAAGUAUCUUUCAAUGUAGACGCAGCCAGCGAAAGUACCCUAGUGGUGAAUUAUGCCUCCUCUUCCCAUUCUGGCAGACAGCAUGUAGCCCCAGUUGACAAAGAAGGCAGCAAACUGGACACCAUGGGGAGGAGACUUUAUUCCACAAGUACCCUCACCAUGCGCAUUGCCAAGUACACCACAUGUAUGUCACAUUACCAGCACUCCCUGUGGGAGCAACUCACAGACGCAACCGGAGGACAUGCCAACUAAACCCAAAGAAUUACAAGAAAAGUCUGCUGAUAUUACCAGACAGCAGAUCAGUACAGCCUGCCACCUGACAAACUGUGAGUCAAAGAACAUGGCUGGCGCGAUGGCCCUGAGUCGUCACGCGUGGCUAUGCUCCUCUACCUUGCAGUAUGAUACUAGGGAUAAGAUAGAGGACCUUCCAUUUGAGGGUGAGGGUCUGUUCAGUACCGGUACUGACAACACGUUAGAGAAACUUUAAAAAUCUAAAUUGACUGACGACACGUUAAAUUGUUAAAUUGACUGAUGACAAAAAUCUAAAUAGACUGAUGACACGUUAGAGAAACUUUAAAAAUCUAAAUUAACCACAAAGUCAUUUGCAGUCCUAACAGCCCAACUAGGCUAUCAGUCUAGACCCAAACCCUCCUACACUCCAAUUACUUCAUAUGGAAAGUACCGUCCCCAAUACAAGAACUUUGAAAGGCGUGUUUUUAAGAAAUCUUCCAGGCCUUCGGCUAAACCCUACCAACCCAAGUAUAGGUCGAACAACCAAUGCCCCAACAGGGUGAGAACUCCAAACAAGGCCUUUGAUAGCUCGGACACUCCUGCAAAAGUACCCAUGAUAUCCCAACACCUGGACAAUUGGAAGAGGAUAACUACGGACAAGUGGGUGCUUUCCAUAAUCCAGUGGGGCUACGCUAUUCAAUUUCACACCCAUCCCUCGUUCAUGGGUAUAAAAUCCACUGCAUCAAACCCUACCCACCAGAUGGAGGUGUCAACCCUUUUGGAAAAGGACACAGUAGAACAGCUGAGAUGCACAGUGCAAGCACUUUUGUUCACAGGCAGCCGUAGGAACCAGUUCUAUGGGGGAUGCCUUCCUGGUUCCAUGGGAUGAGACCCUAUACUACAUAUUUCCUUCUCUGCCCUUGAUUUUGCGUGUUCUUAACAGGAUCAUUCACCAACAAACGGACUGCAUACUGAUUGUUCCAGACUGGCCACAACAAGCAUGGUACCCUAUGAUACUGAGACUCUCAAAGGGCAGGUCCCGGCCCUUACCAAGUGCUCCGGACUUACUGUCCAUUAUUAUUAUUAUUAUUAUUAUUAUUAUUAUUAAUUUAUUUCUUGCUUACACAGUCAGACAGGUGUUAUUGACUGGUUUGUUUUAUAUUACUAUUAUUAUUAUUAUUAUUAUUAUUAUUAUUAUUAUUAUUAUUAUUAUUAAAAAUAUGUAUACCCCGCCCCUCCAGUGCAAUACAGCUCGGGGCGGCUUACAAUAAUAUAGACACAGAUACAAGUAAUAAAAUUAAUUUUUUUUAAAAAGUCAGAUUGAAAACAAUUAUUAGGUUCAAAUUAAAGCUGAAAAUUAUAAAGAGCUAAAGAACCUACCAGAUAUAACAAAAUAAUGAUAUUAAAAAGCCUCCUUAAAAAGUUUUGUUUUAAGAUGUUUUUUAAAAACACUGAGGGAGGGAGCAUGGCGAAGCUCUUCAGGGAGGGCGUUACAAAGCCAAGGGGCCACAACUGAAAAGGCCCUGCUAACCAGUCCCUGCCAACCAGAUCUCUGUUAGUGGCGGGGUCAUGAGCAGGGCCUGAGUUGAUGAUCGGAGGGCCCUGGCAGAUUCAUAUGGGUGAAUGCGGUCCAUCAGGUACCCCGGCCCCAAGCCGUGUAGGGCUUUAAAGGUCAAUACUAGCACCUUGAAUCUAGCCCGGAUGCGGACUGGUAGCCAAUUAAGCUGAUGCAGGAUGGGUGUAAUACUCGUGAAGCGAUUCGUACCCACGAGCAUCCUUGCGGCAGCAUUCUGAACCAGCUGAAGCUUCUGAACAGUCUUCAAGGGCAGCCCCACGUAGAGCGCUUUGCAGUAGUCCAAUCUGGAUGUUACCACCACAUGAGUGACUGAGGUCAGGUCUGACUGACCAUGCAUGUCCAUGCCUCGUGGUCAAGUACUACACCAUAGUGUCAAGAUGCUGAAGCUCAUGUCAUGGAGACUCAAGCCGCUGAGCCCUGUGACCUACUCUUAGAGGAAAUUCUCUUCAAUUAAAAGAAGCCCUCUACAAGGAAAACAUAUGUAACAAAAUGGAAGCACUUCUCUGCGUAUGCUGGAGCACACUCCUUCUCACCCAUGAAGGCCACCAUCCUGCAGGUACUGAGAUAGUACCUGAGAUAGUAGUCCCUAGUCUCAAGUUGGCCGGUUUUUCUACUGCUUCUAUUAAAAUCCACCUUCCGGCCAUCUCCAGUUGUCAUAUGGGUGUUGAUAACGUGGCCAUUUUCUCCCAUCCCCUUUCAAAGAGAUUCCUCAAGGGUUUGGAAAAUCUAAACCCACAUACACGGGCCCCUACCCCACAGUGGUCCCUUUCUUUGGUUCUGGCAGGCCUCUUGAACAGCCCCUUUGAACUACUGUCUCUCUCUGAUUCCUAUUGCUCAAGACAGCCUUUCUUAUUGCAGUCACUUCUGCCAAGUGAGUUAGUAGCUGUGCGCCCUUAGAUCUUACUUCCCUUACAUUCAAUUUCACAAAGACAAGGUCGUCAUGCGUUUGGAUCUUUCCUUAAUUCCCAAGAUCAGUUCAAGUUUUCCUAUCAGCCAAGAUGUGAUCCUGUCAGCCUUCUUCCAUGACCCACAGUCUGACUUGGAACCAUCCCUCCACACACUGGAUGUACACAGGGUGCUUGCGUUUUAUCUUGACAGGAUUCAUCCAUUCCGAAAGGAUCACACACUCUUUGCAUCCUACAGGAAGGGUAAAAAAGGCAUGUGGAUCACUCCUCAACGCUUGUCGCGCUGCAUUGUUCAGGCCAUAGUGGAAGCCUACAAGGCCCAGGGUAAGGACCCCCCUCAAGGCGUAAGUGCCCACUCUACUAGAGCAGUAGCCUCAUCAGCUGCCAACCUGUCGGGUGUCUCCAUUGCUGAACUUCGAAGAGCCGCCACCUGGUCUUUGGACAACCCCUUCAUCAAGCACUAUGCGCUAGACCUUUGUUCCUGCAAAGAUGCACACUUUGGGAGGGGUGUCUUGAAGCAAGUUCUAUCCUAACUUCACUCAGGGUAAGUCCAAGAAACCCACCUCCUGGAGGGGCUUACUAAUCUCCCAAUUGUGUGAAUACACUGGGAUCACAUCUUGGAUAAACAGGGCGCUUACCUGUAACUGAUGAUCCUUCAAUGCUCCUAGAUAUUCACACAUCCCACACUAUCUCCUCUCUUCCUUGGAGUUUGUGCUCUGGGCAACAUUUAUGUUUUACUUACCUGUUCUCUCACUCACGUCUCCAGUUCCAUUUAUGAUGGUCACUGACGUCCGGCGGUCAUCCAGGAACCGAGGAGAGUGGCGCUCCAACUGCCUAUGUCAGUGGAUGCAUUCGCACUGUGAGCAGAGUCAGAAGCGUCAUGCGAAGCUUGUAGAAUCUUCCAGAUGGUCUCCUGUGCAGGCAUGUAUCCCAGUUGUGUAAAUACCUAGGAUCACUCAAGGAUCAUCAGUUUACAAGUAAGCAUCCUGUUUUUUUCCAUGGGACAUAGAAGCUCACAGGUGACUUCACAACUGGGGCUUUAAAUAUAUAGCCUUUCUCUUAGACUUAUGUCCAAUAGGGAUACUAUUUACAUUUUUUUAAAUGAUACUAAUAAAGCCAAGGGUCAUGUUCAAGGCAAUGAUGGAAAUUUGCAUUUUUCAAGUUUUCUAAAUGUUGGGGACUCUAAAAUCUUGCAAGAAGAAUGUUACAAAGAAUAAAUUUAUAGCCAGUAUUUCUCUACCCAAUUCAAGCUGUGUUUGCUUACAAACAGUGCAUUCUGCCUUUUAAAGGUCCUUCCAAACUAUUUCCCGGAAAACCUUUUUCAAAAAUCCAUUUGUAUUUGUGUGGUUGCUAUGGAAUUUGGUUGAACUGUAUGCAGAUGCAGAUUGUGUUAAUAAGAAAGGAAAAAAACUGAACUGUGUACUCCAGUGAACAGAGAUUAGUCUGUGUUUGUAUUAGAAUGUUGCUAUGACAGAGCAUAUGGUUUUAUUUCAUGGACAUUUGCAGUGAAAUGGAAGGAAAUCAGAUGUAUGCAAGACAAACAAACAAGGAAUGGCACACACUACAUAAAUGUUAAAGUUGAAUGGGUUGUUGCAGACAAAGAAAAAACAAUUAUUAGACAUAUUAAGCAGAAUUUUCCUGCCAAACAGUCAUAGACCUAUGCUCCUACUGUGCUGUCUGGCUGAUCCAUUGGAAAUGGCAUUGCUUUUACUGAUGUUUUUAUGGAUAAGGCUCAUUUCCAGUAUUAACUGUGUACUGUAAAACCAUAAUUCCCCUAGGCCAAUCCUCUUUUUAAUAAUCAUUCCACUGUUCAACCUUGAUACUUUUUUAUUAAGAUGUUCAAUGAAUAUUUUAAAUAAAACACCUGAAAUUCUACAAAAUUG